AGCCCCGUCGGCAUCCGGAACCCUGACACCCUCCCGCCUCCGCGCAUAUGGAAGGAAGCGGCGCGCGCAGGCCCGAGACCCCGAUGGCGCUGAAGGAAGGUGCCGCGGGCGCCGCUGCCUCCAGGGAGCUGCUGUCUGUGGGGAGCGGAGGAGGUAUUCAUGACACACUGUUGAUUAACUCAAAACAUGCUGGCAAAAAGGUCAAAAAUUUAGAGACAGUAAGGAUACCAAGAAGUAACAUUUUGGACAGAGUUCAGAGCUUUCUACCGCAGAUGGCCCUUGCAAACAAUGAGCUAAGAAGAGAAAUGGCAACAGCACCAGCUCAUCAGUUUGAUAUUGAAAGUCUAGACAGCUGCCUUGAAAAUAUUAUAGAGAUGAAUGUAGCCUUGGUUGAAUUAAGUGGUUCUGACUCGGAUGAAGAAGAAAUAAUUUCAGAAGACAGCUCAGAAUCUGAAGAUGACAGUUGUGCAACUGAUGAAGUUACCAUAGACACGAUAAAACUUCCAAAACAAAAAGGAGAAAAGGGCAAAAUAGAAAUUUUGGACAGCAAAGUGAAUGAGUAGAUAGAACUAUUUUCAGAUUUCCAUUUCUGAAUGUAUCAUGUCCUGACUACUUUUGAAGGCUUGACCCUUAGAAAACUAGCUAAUUUCCAAGUGUGUGUCACCUGGAAACUGGCAAACUCCCAGUGACUUAUGUCACUGGAAAUACUGUGUUUUAGUAGGGUGGAGAGUUUCUUAUGGCUGGGAGGAAAGCUGCAGCUCUUAGGACUAAAUCCUGACCUAUCCCCCAAGCUAUAUAGAAAUGAAUUGCAUCAGGAGGUCAGGGUGGGGAAGAAACAGCAUGAAACUUAGUAAUUUGAGAGGCUGCACGUAAAGCUUGGCAAGAAAUGUGAAGUUCUUGGCCUGUUGCGAAGUGAAGAAUGGGUUACUAGGGUGUGGGGUACUUACUUCAGGAGAGGGAAAUAAGUAGAUUAGAGGAAGACAAAACUUGUAUUUUGAGAUGAGAAUAAAUAUGCUAAGAUAUUAAAGUAUUAUAUACUUGUCUUGACUAGCAAAUACUAAAAACGAGCACACUGAGUGCUUCAAGAGUUAAGUCUAAGGAAAUAUGCCUAAUUUAUUCUUGCCUCCUUAAUUUUAUAGGGAGCAAUUUGGGCUAUUUUACUGUAUUUAGUUUAGACAUGUUUUGCUUUUUCAAAUGAUGUAUCUGAAUGCCUUUGUAGAUUACAACUUGUUUCUCAAAGAAACAGUAUUUUAUAUAAUUUAAGGUUAUGUUCUUACUCCAUUUUCUUAGCUACAGAAGAUUGACCAGCAAGCUGCAGUUAAGCACAGGAUUUAAAAUUAUUUAUUUUAAAAUUAUAUUUUUAUUCUGUUUUUCUUAAAGAUAACUGUUUGGAACGUUUGAUCAAGAUGAUCAAUACCAUUUCCAGUCUUUGUUGAAGAGCAUGUCCUCUUAUCUAUCUUUAUUAAUAGGAAAAAUAAAAUCUCACUGGCAUCAGUUACUAUUGUGAUUCAAUGUAUGGGUUAUAUUAGCUCAAUUAUUAGUCCAAAGCAGAUCCUUUGACUCAUGUUGGUAGUAAUCAAUCUUUCUGAAAAGCAGCAGCACUUGGGAUAUGGGCUGUAUAAUGACACAAUACGGAGGUGGUUAGUUUCCACUUAUGAAUUAUGGUACAUUAGAAUUAAACUGUUCAAACAGUUUUAAAUCUGGAGGGAAACUGGCCUAAGAUGCAACACUGGACUGCUAGUCUCACACAUCACUUUAACAUUGCUUCUCACUGGAAAGAGAUUUAGACAUGCCAAUUUCACUCAGCACAGCUAUUUAAUGACCCAUAUCUAUACACAAUAUUCCUUGUGUCUCUGGCUGUUGUAUCAAAGAACCUCCUAAAUAUCUGUCAACUGACAAAAUCCAAGGCAGCUGGGGAACUAGUAUAGUUGUGUGUUGAAGGUACUGUUUCUAUGGUAAAUUAAACACUUCUGGUACCUUUAUUUGGAUAGCCUGGAUACUGUUUUAUACUAAGGUUUGCAGUCGCAUCUUUAUAGACUAAUUUUACUCAAUUGUAUUUCAAAUACACUUUGUCUACAUGCCAAGUGAAGGAAUUAUGCGGUGAUUUAAUGGUACAUUGCACGAUAUGGAUACAGCUUGUUUAUAAUGUCACACUUUAUAAACCUUGAUUAAUGGCUGUGUAAACUGUGUCCAGAACUGAGUAUUUAACUUUGUUGACCAUGUUUAUGUGCCUGGUAAAUUGAAGGUAAGACUGUCCUGUGGCUAGACCACUUUUACUACAAAAACAUAUUCCACAUUAACUUGUGUCUAACAUUGGGCUAUUUAAGUAGGAAAAUAAUUAACAUAGAGCUAACAUAAACAGAUAAUUUUGUUCCUGUUAUACCAGCUAGAGAUGAGUGCAAAAAAAAUUUUUUUUUGGGUUGGUAGCUGAACUGGAAAA